AUGAAAAUCUUGAUUCCAUUGGCGACACUCAUAGUAAUCUCAGAGCUUUGUGUUGUGGACGCAUGCCGAUCAUACUGUGGAAAUAUAACCGUGGACUAUCCUUUUGGAAUCCGAAAUGGAUGUGGACAUCCAGGGUAUAGAGAUCUCUUGUUUUGUAUGAAUGAUGUGUUGAUGUUUCACAUUAGUUCAGGUUCUUAUAGAGUGCUGGAUAUCGAUUACGCAUAUCAGUCCAUAACUCUGCAUGAUCCUCACAUGUCGACAUGCGAAACAAUUGUGCUUGGAGGCAAAGGCAAUGGCUUUGAAGCUGAGGAUUGGAGAGCUCCUUAUUUCAAUCCUACAUCUGAUAAUGUCUUUAUGCUGAUCGGAUGUUCACCUAAAUCUCCUAUAUUUCAAGGCUUCCCCGAGAAGAAAAUCCCAUGCCGCAACAUUUCAGGGAUGAGCUGCGAAGAAUACAUGUCGUGUCCAGCAUGGGACAUGGUUGGAUACAGACAACCGGGUAUGGAAUCCGGGUCCGGUCCACCCAUGUGCUGUGCGGUCGGGUUCGAAUCAGUAAAAGCGAUUAAUUUGAGUAAGUUGGAGUGUGAGGGUUACAGCAGUGCGUACAAUCUCGCACCGUUAAAGCUUAGAGGACCGUCCGAUUGGGCUUAUGGGAUACGUGUUAAGUACGAACUGCAAGGAAGUGAUGCGUUUUGUCGCGCGUGUGUUGCAACUUCCGGGACUUGUGGCUACGAAUCUGCCGAUGGUGGAGGACUUAGGCACACUUGCAUAUGCGACCAUCACAAUUCCACCACAAAUUGUGAUUCAGUUAUAACACCAACCGGCGCAUCUUCAAGUGUUCGACAAAAAACUAUUGGAUCACUGCUCUUCUACUUCAUAAGUAUGCAUAUAGGCUUUCACAGAAGACACUGA